UUACCACCACUCUCACAAACUGGACCAGAGAACACAGCAGGUCUGCAUCUCCUCGCUUCUGUCUGCAGAGAUGGCGCAGUCCAGCAGGAUCCUCAUUAAAGGGGGUAAAGUUGUCAACGAGGACUGCUCUGCCUUUAGGGACGUCUACAUUGAAAAUGGGAAGAUAGCAGAUGUCGGAGUGAACCUCCAGGUCCCAACUGGAGUCCGGGUCAUUGAUGCCACUGGUAAACUGGUGAUCCCAGGUGGCAUUGACACGCACACACACAUGGAGCUGCAGUUCAUGGGCACCAAGGCUGUGGAUGAUUUUCACAUCGGGACUAAGGCCGCUCUGGCGGGGGGGACCACAAUGAUCUUGGACUUUGUCAUCCCCCAAAAGGGCAAAUCCCUCCUGGAGGCGUACGACCGCUGGCGCAAGACAGCUGAUCCCAAAGUCUGCUGCGACUACUCGCUGCAUGUGGCGGUCACAUGGUGGAGCGAGCAGGUCAAGAAAGAGAUGGAGAUUCUAGCCAAAGAAAGAGGCGUGAAUUCCUUCAAGAUGUUCAUGGCUUAUAAAGACGUGUUCAUGCUUCACGACUCGGAGCUGCAUGCUGCCUUCAGUCAGUGUAAAGACAUUGGAGCUGUUGCUCAGGUGCACGCUGAGAAUGGAGAUUUGAUUGCAGAGGGGGCUAGAAAAAUGCUGUCUCUGGGCAUCACCGGGCCAGAGGGUCACGAACUGUGUCGGCCGGAGGAGGUGGAGGCAGAGGCCACCCAGCGAGCCAUCACUAUUGCCCACACUGUCAACAGCCCGCUCUAUGUGGUCCAUGUUAUGAGCAAAUCCGCUGCCAAGGUGGUGUCCAGCGCCCGCAGAGAUGGUCGAGUGGUGUUUGGGGAACCCAUUGCAGCUGGACUGGGAACAGAUGGAACCCACUACUGGGAUAAAGAGUGGGCUCAUGCUGCUGGGUUCGUCAUGGGCCCCCCCCUCAGACCGGACCCCAGCACCCCCGGGUACCUCAUGGAUCUGCUGGCAAAUGACGAUCUGAGCGUGACGGGGACGGACAACUGCACCUUCUCCGUGUGCCAGAAGGCUCUGGGCAAAGAUGACUUCACUAAGAUCCCGAACGGCGUGAAUGGCGUGGAGGACAGAAUGUCUGUCAUCUGGGAGAAAGGAGUGCACAACGGCAAAAUGGAUGAGAACCGGUUUGUGGCCGUCACCAGCAGCACUGCAGCAAAAAUCUUCAACUUGUAUCCGCAGAAGGGCCGAAUCGCCAAAAACUCAGAUGCUGAUGUGGUUGUAUGGGACCCCAAGAUAACACGGAGAAUCUCGGCCAAGACGCACCACCAGGCUGUGGACUACAACAUCUUCGAGGGCAUGGAGUGCCACGGCGUUCCUGUCGUAACCAUCUCCAGAGGCAAAGUGGUGUAUGAGAACGGGCAGCUGCAGGCGUCACCCGGCCACGGCCGAUUCAUUCCGAGAGAGCCGUUCUCCGAGUUUGUCUACAAAAGAAUCAAGCAAAGGGAUCAGGUUGGGAGGCCUACAGCUGUGAUCAGAGAACCCUACAAAGGCAGCAUCGUUUCCCUGUGAACACCUGACUGACAUCAGACUAUCUUUACAUUUGCUGCUCAACUCAGAGACGACCAACGCCAUUCUGAAGUCUUCUGACAGAUCAGCAUCCUCUAAAGGUGCAUUCACACCAAACGCGAUUCAGGCGAAAACAUUGGCGUCUUUUGUCACGCAACAAAUUUGCUGCUCGUCGCCUGUCAAAAAAUGUGUUCCUGAGCUUGUUGCUGCAGCCAGAUGUGGGAGGAGCUACCAGCCAAAGCUUUUAGGAUGAUUGCAAUAGUCUCUGUGGAUUUCUCACUUUGAAUGUAUGGAAGACACAGAUGACAAUUAAUGAAGGUGUAUUCAUUGUGAAGAGUUCUACAAAAACAUCUGUAAUCAUGUCUCCAUGUUUGGGGUUAUAUGAUUACUUUUAAAAGAUUUUCCCGGUACAGGGGGCUGUGUCUGUAUGACAGCCACUUCCACUGUGUUUCUGUGUCUCUGUGGCUGAGCUUGAAGGCUUACUGUCUAGUGUUAACCCGAGGGGGGAAAAAUACAAUUAGGAGACUAUUCUCCCUUCUUUUUUUAAUGUCUCAAUGAGGCCUAAACUGGCAACCUCCGUCCCGGCUCUCUGUCUGCCAGCAUUUUGAAUGAGUGAGCUUCGCUGUGGAAGCAAAAGUUUGCCUUCGCCCCAAAGUAACUGGAUGAGCUCUGCAACCCUGAGGCUCCAACGGGUUAAAGAAAAAGAUAGAAGUUCUGGACAAAAACGUUCACUUUUUUCUUCUACCCACUGAUCGAGUUACUGAAAACUUCACGUACCCGAAGCUGAGUUUUCAGAUGCGACACAGCGACCUGUCAAACUUCAGGUAUUAAAAUUUUGGCUGGGUUGCCAAAUUUGCACCUUAUCACUCAAAUCAAGCUACUGCCAGACCUUUGCCCCGCACCCGUCAAAUUGCGCUGCGGGACUACAGAUCGCCUCAUAUUGCAUCUGGUCCAUUGACUUAAAGGGGCAUUUGAUCAGUGGUAUUUUGAUCAGUUCACACAUUUCUGAGUAAUCUUCUAAAAACCUGCAGCAGCCCCUCCCAUACCCACGAAAACGAGUGGGUCUUCACGAUCUGACGUGACAUCGCGAGACAGCCCCCCCCCCAGUCUAACACCAACACACAAUUUCUCCACUGAGCUAGCAGUGAUCAGUAAAAAAAACUUUAAUUUUAGAUGCAGAAUACAAUAUAUCUUCCAGUUGUGUCCUGUCUUCAAUAGAUUCCAGCUCAAACAGGUUUUUGUUACUUUAGACGUGGGGCUCCUUUCAGACCCCCCAACACCUAGUCGGGCACAGUCGUGCAGACGGCGAGUGUAUUUGUGUUGUGAACCAGUGUAGUGAUGGCCAGGGCUGCUAAGGGCAGAUAAAUGGCAUGUGCAUCCAUCUUUGAAAAAUUUGGAAGAAAGAAAAGCUCUAGGAUGACGUCAUGAAAUGGGCAGAAGCCACAUGCAGCGGCAGAUGGAGCCUCAGGAAUCAAGUUAUUUUACUUCCAGGUAGUAAAAACCUAAAAAAAACUAGUAUUUCACAAUUAAUUUGUUUUUUAGUGUUCCAAAGGUAAUAUAUGAUCAUAUAUAUGUAUAUAGUUCACUCUGAAAUGCCUAAGAAAAUCAUGUUAUUACCCCUUUAACAUUGAAACUGGCCACAUCCGCCGCCCAAACCGUGUUCAGUGUGAAUGCAUCUUAAGAGCUUUCUGCUUUAACUAUAGUCUGAGCACCUCCUACAGUGUCUAUAGGUCAGUGCUCAGCUAAAACAUUUUUACAUACCUCCAGGUCAUUUCCUCUGUCUGCACAGGUCAGUAAAAUCCACUCAGCUGUGAACAAUCACCUAACACAGAUGCAGAGUGCAGUUAAAUUUGAUUAAAAUUGCAUCACAAUGUUACUACUACAGUAUAUGAUUCGUCGUUUGUAAAUAAUGCUUUCACUGUAAUAAAAAGAAAGGCAGAGUCUACAUCUUUAGCUGUUGUCUGCUCCAUCUUUUCUAAAUGCUUGUUGCCAUGGGUAACAGAACUGAUGUUUCUCACCCAAAAGCAGCUUUGAUGAAAUAUUCAUGAAAAUUAAGAUUUACUUGACAGGCCUCAGCUGACUUUGUUCACCAUCAGCAGGAUCUCAUCUAUGCCCAUGUAUGGAUUGCACUUCUUCCCCUCCUGUGAUGAAAAGGUCUGCAGCUGUCACCGAGCAUCAUGGGGCAGAUUCCCAUUGGGCUGGCAUGCUGGCGUGGUAUAAUGCCACAGGGCCAGUUGAGACAUAGUGUGAGCUUAUCAGGUUGAUGCACGGGUCAGUGGCGGCGUGUGACUCACAGAUGGCCUGCUCAUCCCUGAACAAGCCACUUCCUUCCUUUUGUCUGUGACAUUGCAGUUAAAAGUGGUUUGCAGGACUGUGCAGCUCGGGCAAACCAAGAAAUUAGAGAAGUGGAGCUUACUGCCUUUACAGCCUUCAUCCUUAAGUCGCAAACAAGGGUCAUGCAUGUCUAUGUCACAGUCUGUGAAGGAAGUAUAAUAAAUAUAACAAUUUAAACAAAUGUUUUAAAGUAGGUGAAGAUGUUGUGAAAAAGGUCAAGAAAACCUAGUUAAUUAGGCCCAAAGCAUCUAGAAUUCUCUUCAUCACUAACUGGCAGGUUUACACACAACAUAGCAGCUGGCCCUUUCAUGCCAGAAAAUACUUGGUUCUAAGACUUCAGAACCAAACCAGACCCAGAAUUCAGCUGAGAGGUCAACUCUCUCUAAAUGAGGUGGAGGAAGUGGACUAAAAACAACUAAAAUGUCUUUAUUUUUAUUGAAAACUAAAACUUGUUUUCAUUAAAGGGAUUACACCCAAAACUUUGUAUCAAAAUACUGUUAAAGUCUCACUCAAUCACAUUUUCAUCUUUUUAAAAGGGUUCCAAGUGGUCUUUUAAUUAUGGAUUUGUCUUAAAAAAAAAAA